UCUUGAGCAAGGACAUCCAGUGCAGAGACAUCAUGGUAAAGCUGAAGCUGCCAAAUCCUGGCUUGGAUUGGAGAAUACCUUCCCUAAAUGAACUGGAAACCAUUGAGGCUACAGAAGCAGACUCAAGACCCAAAUGGGAUAAUAAGGCACAAUAUAUGCUCACCUGUAUAGGAUUUUGUGUAGGCCUGGGCAAUGUAUGGCGAUUCCCUUAUCUCUGCCAGAGCCAUGGAGGAGGAGCUUUUAUGAUCCCGUUCCUCAUUCUCCUUGUCCUGGAAGGUAUCCCGUUGCUCCACCUCGAAUUUGCCAUUGGACAAAGACUCAGAAAAGGCAGUGUGGGAGUCUGGAGUUCUAUCCAUCCUGCCUUGAAGGGAGUUGGUAUUGCAGCAAUGUUUGUCUCCUUCCUUGUUGGUUUAUACUACAAUACGAUUAUUGCCUGGGUGAUGUGGUAUUUCUUCAACUCUUUCCAAGACCCGCUGCCCUGGAGUGAAUGUCCACUUAAUGACAACCGAACAGGUUUCGAACCAGAAUGUGGCGACAGCUCAGCUGUUGAUUACUUUUGGUACAGGAAGACAUUAAACAUCUCUACCUCUAUAGAUGAUUCCGGAACUGUGCAGUGGUGGCUUCUCUUGUGCUUAACCUGUGCUUGGGGAGUGCUGUAUGUGUGCACAAUUAGAGGCAUUGAAACAACGGGAAAGGCAGUGUAUGUAACAUCAACACUUCCUUAUGUUGUGCUUACCAUUUUCCUGAUCCGUGGCUUGACUCUCAAAGGAUCUGUCAGUGGAAUUGUAUAUCUCUUCACGCCUAAUGUUACUGAAUUGGCUAACCCUGUCACUUGGCUAGAUGCUGGAGCACAAGUAUUCUAUUCCUUUUCCCUUGCUUUUGGAGGCCUCAUCUCAUUCUCUAGUUACAACUCAGUUCACAACAACUGUGAGAAGGACGCUGUGAUUAUCUCAUUGAUAAAUGGUUUCACAUCCGUUUAUUCAGCCACGGUCAUAUACUCUAUCAUUGGAUUCAGAGCAACAGCGAGAUACGACGAUUGCUUUAGCCAAAAUAUCCUCACUCUGACCAAUGCAUUUGAUUUGCCAGAAGGUAACAUAACCCAGGACAACUUCAAGGACAUGCAAACUUGGUACAAUGCAACAUAUCCAGCAACCUUUGCAACCCUUCCAUUUAAAAGCUGUGACUUGGAAACAUUUUUAUCUGAAGGUGUUGAAGGAACUGGAUUAGCAUUUAUUGUCUUCACUGAGGCCAUCACCAAAAUGCCCGUUGGGCCACUGUGGUCCAUUCUCUUCUUUAUCAUGCUGUUCUGCUUGGGUUUAUCAUCGAUGUUUGGGAAUAUGGAAGGUGUUAUGGUACCUCUGCAGGAUCUGCAAAUUAUACCCAAAAAGUGGCCCAAGGAACUUCUUACAGGUCUGAUUUGUCUGGGGUCUUACUUGAUUGCCAUUAUUUUUGUGCUGCGGUCUGGAAAUUACUGGCUGGCUCUAUUUGAUGGUUUUGCUGGAUCCAUUCCCUUGUUGAUAAUUGCUUUCUGUGAGAUGUUUUCAGUAGUCUACAUCUAUGGCAUAGACAGAUUCAACGAAGAUAUUAAAUUCAUGAUUGGGCACAAACCCAAUAUUUUCUGGCAGGCCACUUGGAGAGUGAUCAGCCCCCUCAUCAUGCUAGUUAUCUUCUUGUUUUACUUUGUGGUGAAAGUGAGAGAAAAAUUACUAUACAUCACCUGGGACCCUAAUUAUGAUGACUUCCCCAAAUCAAAAUCAGUAGAGUAUCCAGGCUGGAUUUAUGCCAUCAUUGUAAUCCUUGCCGGGGUCCCCAGCCUGGUUAUCCCUGGCUUUGCCAUCUACAAAGGCAUCCAAAGCUAUUGUGGAAAGAGAGAAGAUCCUGGCCGUCGAGAUCUGGUCAAUGCCAUAUCAGAAGCUUCAAUAAAUGGGGAGCUGAGGAAUAAAGUGUAA